UGGUGUAAAGCGCCGUUACUCCGCCCACGGAGUCAGGAAGGCAGAGAAAGGCAGGGAGCAGCUCGCCGUGUGGCGUGGAGGAAACGCGCGGACGCCGUGCUCGUGCUCGUGCUCGUGCUCGUGGAGCCGUGAGCGGAGCGCCGUGUGAGACGAUCGAUCCUCGACCUCGGCUCGUCCCCCGAUCAUCAUCAUCAUGUCCCGCGCAGCGCAGCGCCGUGAUUUGUCCGCUCGCGUCGCCUGUGACUGACCGACUGACUCACUGCAGCCGUGACACUUGUUCUCCGUGACUCGCGUGGACCGACUCGCUCUCGACUCUUUCUAUUGUAUGCUGGGGGUCUCGAGGAAAGUGGAUUUAGGAGGAGCCCCGGCGAGCACCACUUGUUCUCCAAGAUGCUCCUGGUGUCCCAGCGGCUGGACGCGCCUCGCAUGGAGCCACUACUGCCUGGAUCAGUGAAGAGGAAGCUGGCUGCAGAUGAGGGCUUGAGGGCGGUCAACGGGGUCUCUGGAAGUCACAUGAUCCAAGGGAGCAGCAAGCGGCCAUGCCUGGAGGACGUCACCUUGGCCAUGGGCCCCAGCCACCAGCACUCCCCCUUUUCUCCAGCGCCGGGAGUUGGGGGCCAUGGGCCCCUGCUGGAGGGAAGUGGGCUGAACAGUAACAACGGGUUGGGUUCGCCGUACUCCGUGCCACCCAAAGCCAGUCCUGGGUCGAUGGCCGGAGGGGGUGGGAGCAACGCUGCCCACGGGGGUAUGUUGCCCUCCUUCAACCCCAACGGAAACAGCUCGGCUCCGUCUGUGGAGCAGGAGCUUCAGGACAUCCUGGACGAGCUGACUAAGAAUCCGGACCCCUCGCUCACGGAGCUGGACAUCGAGAAGAUCCUGGGGAACAAAGGGGAUGAACAGGCCAGCGGUCCAGGGGGAUUCAUGCAGCCUGAGGGCAGCGGGACACCCAAGCGCUCCCCGCAGAGGCCCUCCCAUCUGGAGAGCCACCUGACUCGCUCCCCGGGUUUCUCGCAGACGCCCGCCGUGGGUGUCGGCUCCCCCCAGGUUGGCCCCCCUCCAGCCGGUGCCCCCUAUUCCCUACCUCACCCCGCGAAAGCAGUCCCGUCACCGCUCUCCGCUUCCCCACUCUCCUCUUCUGCCCAGAGCCACACCCAGAGCCAGGCCCGUUCCCCGAUGCUGUCGGCUGCUCUGUCCAACCGCCCCGGUCCCACGUGGCACGAGGUGUCCAGGGCCCAGCAGUUGCAGCAGAUGGCAUCCAACAGCAAGCUGCUUCCCUCCAGUGCCGGCCCCUCCUCUUCCCAGCCGGCACCACCCCCAGCAGCCACCCAGGCCGCCCCCUGGACGGGCCCCUCUCCACCAUACCGGCCUACAGAGAAGCUGCCCAACUCAUCUCCGCAUCAACAGCCCUUCAGUCCUGCGGGAAGCACUCAGAGUCCUCAGAGCAGUCUCAUGUCUGGCAUGAGUGCAGCGCCACCCAAAGGACCCUCACCUCCCUACCACCCCGAGAAGCUAGGCAGUCCUGCUCUGGCGCAACCUCCCUUCAGUCCACAGAGUGCGCUGUUACCUGGCAUGGCAUCUGCCAGUGGAGGCACCAGUGCUAUCCAGAGCUCCCAGACUGGUGUUCUGCCUGUCAUGCCACCCGCUGCAGGCAGCACGAGGCCAUCGCCGCCCUAUCGUCCAGACAAGCAUCCCAGCCCCGCGCUCCAGCCACCUCCGCAGACGCACGCUUUCGGCUCUCACGGUGAGCCGGGUGGCAUGGCCAGCCAGCUCUUCAAGGCUAUGAACUCGAGUCAGCCCAACAGCCUGAAACUCCUCAUGCAGCAACAGCAGAACCAGCCGGCUGCGCAGCCUCCAGCACAGGCUUCUUCAGCGGCACAGCAGGUGUUGGGCAAAGCCGGCAUGGGGCAAGAUCCCUAUUCAUUCAACAACACCAAGCCGUUGCGCCACUUUGACCCGGUCUUGCCCACCCAAAAACCGAGUCCUCUCCCGCCGGGCCAAGGGACCCUAAGUCACUACCCGAAUUUGCAGCCGGGCCCAUCUGCCGUCGCACCUGGGCACCCGCAGCUUCUGCAGCAGCAGCAAGAGAUGCAGCAGCGCAUGUCGAGGAACAUGCAGGCGGGAGGCAUGGUGGCGGUCAGCAGAGUGGACCAGGGCUCGGGGAUGGUGUCCAGGCCCCAGGACCCCUCGUCUGUCGCCAGACCCACCCAGGGUAGCAGCUACAACCUGAUGCUGAAGAACCAGCUGAUUAGGAAGCAACUGAUGCAGGAGAAGCAGAGGCAAAUGGAGCAGAUGAACGGGAACCCGGUGCCAGAAUGCCACCAGGUGGCACAGUUUCAAGGUGCAGGGCGACCACACCCGACAGAAUGCGGCUACCCUUUGGGGGCGCCCUCUGCCAACUCAGGCACGCUGCCCCAGGGCCCCAUGUUGCCUGGUCGGGUGGCUAUGCCCCAGGGGCCCCAGAGUCAAGCCACUCGUGCUGUAGGGCCUUACAUGGGCUGCCCAGGUCCCAAGCAAGUGCUCUACAACCCUUCACAAGCCUCUGAGUUCGGAAUGCCCUUGCAGCCCGGGCAGAGCGUGAUGGGAAUGGGUGUACCAACGCGGCAGCCGACCCACCACAUCCCAGUCAGAGCAGGAAUGCAGGGCCCGUCCUUCCCAGUAGGGACCCUGCAGCCACCUCAGCCACAGCACCUUCGACACGCCCUCCAGCAGGGCAGCACUCUGCCACGCAUGGCCUUCAACUCCCAGCAGCAGCCUCAGAUGCAGGCGUGGCAGCAGCCGGGUCUCCCACGGAUGCCAUGCGAUGCCCACAUGGAUGCUGGACUGCAGCAGCAGCCGUUCCCCGGUGGGGGCGGUGGCGGCGGUGGGAGCGGUAGCGGUGGGCCGCACCAGUUUUCCCAGCAGUCCAUGAGCACGAGUAUGCCGGGGAGCUUUGCCCCUCACCAGACUGUUGUACCUGCCCCCAGCCAACUUGCCCCAGGUCUCCCUGGCAGACACAUGCAGAAGAUGCCCCCAGGACAGCCGUUGCCCUCGGGCGUCCCGUCAGGGAUAAGGCCCCGGGGACCUCUCUCUGCCAUGGCUGGGAUGAAGCCAGUGCUGCCUGCAAUGGUUCAUCCUGCCCAGGGCAUGGCUCCACCUAGCUAUCCCUCCUCCUCCAGCAAACACACACCAGGCCCUGGUUACGGUGGCGCCAACCCGGGACACAAAGUGACAUCCUACGAGUGCGCCCACCGACAGAGCAAUGGCGCUAUGGUGGAGGGACAGGGCGGAGCCAGUGUGGAGGUGGAUUUCAUAGACACGCUGGUGGGCUCCAACGAGGACUGGUUGAACAACCUGACCAUGAUUGACGAGUACCUGGAACAGAACUCAUAGAUUACCCCCCACACCUCAUCCCCUUUCCCCAGAGCUGCCCUGGUCUUUUCUCUCGGGGCUGGAGUGGCUGCAUGUGGGACAAAAGAGGCCCCUAGGUGGUCUCCUGUGGCUCUAAGCCCAGAGGGGGAUGUGUGAGGUCUCUCUCUGGGACUGCAGAGGAGCUUCUUCAUCACUCGCUGUUUUUGGCUUCUGCGCGCAGGGCACGACAUGUGUAACGGCCCUCUUGUCGACACGUGUCUCGCAUCCCGUUGACACUCUCUAGAUCGGCCGUAAACGCAUGAUGUGUUAAGCCUGUCUUUCGGAGCCGUCGGUCAGCGCUCUUCAGGACCUCUCCGAGUGCCGGGUGACAAAAGUGACACAAAGGUUCGCCGAACGCACUCGGACGAAUCGCAAGAGCCACUUUUGCUUCUCCGUUUGUUUUACUUAAGAGCACCAUCACCAUCAUGAGGUCCAUCCUCACCAUCCAUUCUCAGCAGUGCUGUGCUCUGUAAAUAAAUGCGUCUGCCCAGUGGUAUCAUGGCUUUUGACAGUUUGUGUUUUCACUCAAUUUGCGUGCUCCUCGCUUGCUUGGCAAAGGCAGCAGUAUGAAGAUGGAGCUCUCAGAAGCAAAAGAGAAGAGGCGCAGACGUCCUGCUUCGUGUAGCUUCUGUAAACUGCAGGUGAUGCGAAGACUUCUGCUCUGAUAUCAUCAUAUCAUCUCGGAGCGCAUACUCGCUCUCCCCGGAGCUCCCAUUUGCAUGAAGGUGGACCGAUAAAGGGGGCCGAAGGCGGCCGAUGGUCCCGAUAGGCCUGUUUCCCAGAGGGCGCCGUGCGCUGUGCGUCACCGAUAGCAUCGUGACACUUUGGACAGUUGCUCCCAGACAGAGGGGUCUCCAUUUACCAGGGGCUUGUACAUAGUAAAAUAUUUUGUAAACUGAGUUUUCCUGAGCUGUCACGUAUUCAGAAGGAGAAGUAAGCGUAUUUAUACUUCUUUUGCAAUAAAAGGAUCAUUUGUAAAUAAAAAUAAAAAAACGGAAACAAAAAUUUCUCCAAAAGAAACAAGGAAAUAUAUCUUACAAUGAAAUCUGUUUUAUAAUAGGACCUUUUCUGUAUUGUAUUUGUUUCUGAAUAUGCAGACUAUGCUGUAGAGUUUGUGGUAAUACUGUGUAUUACAAUGUUGAAGUAUUUGUUAUGUUUUUGACAUAACACACGCAUCUCCUGGCUUUCUGGCCUUGUCCGGAUUUCUAGAAUAUGGCAAAGCGAGGCGACUGAGCUCUCGGGUUUGUUUUCCAUCGAAGCGGAACUCUCUCGGUCGAUCUCCCUGUGUCUCGCUCCCCAUCCCGUCCACACAGAAUCCAACCGCAGCUCACAACAAUCCAGAGGUCACCCGUCUUCGACCCUCUGACCUCAUCCACAGCAACGUCCAGCACUUCGAGGGCAAGCAGCCAGUCAUUGUACAUCCGCUAUGAAAAGUGCACCUGGAUGAAGAGGUCUGUGAAGUUCCGGCGACGGUCUCCUUCGUUGCGGUGCUGGUCGUGCAAAACAGGUUCUGCGUGUACAGUUUCUCCACCUGGCAGUGAUCCUCCGCUGUCAGACAGAGACAAAAAGUCUCAGGACAGUGCGGUUGUAAGUUGACGGCAAUGCACAGGGGGAUUCUGGGAUUGGCUCUGACGUCUCGGUGCGGUUUUGUACUUUGAAUUUUGGUCAGUUGUUUGAGCUGGAACUACUAUGUCCCCUUUCUUCUUCUUCUUGUUGUCCCUUUUCAGGUUGACCUGUAUCCAAGGGAUUACAAUAAGCCAUUACAGUCUGCAGAUGUUGUUGAUUUAUUUUAUUUUGUCUUGGUAUUUCUUAGGUAAAAAAAUAAUAAAAUUGU